AUGGAAUUCUCCCCCGGUGAUGAGGACGAGGAUUUGCGAUGGAUAUUUUUGAACGAGGACUGCGAUCUGACUUGUGUUUUUCUCUCUCACUUCCAGGCCGGAAAGAAGGCCAGCCGUCGUGUCGCCCGCCGCACCAAGGCCGCCGCGGUUGCCCCCCGUCCCACCGACCUGCUCAGGCCCGUUGUCCGAUGCCCGACCAUCAAGUACAACCGGAGAGUCCGUGCCGGCCGUGGCUUCACCCUCACUGAGCUGAAGGCUGCUGGUGUCCCCCGUCUCCUGGCUCCCACCAUCGGCAUUGCUGUCGACGCCCGCCGCCAGAACCUCUCCGAGGAGUCUCUCGCCCGCAACGUCGAGCGCCUCAAGGCCUACAAGGCCCGCCUGCUCGUCUUCCCCAAGAAGGGCAAGAAGCCCGCCGUCCCCGAGAACGCCACCAAGAGCAUCGCCGCCGCCCUUCCCUUCGACGCUCUCGCCACUGGCGUCUCGGAGAUCAAGAAGUCCGAGAUCGCCAAGUCCGAGGGCAGCCAGUUCACCAAGCUCCGCAUUGCCCGGUCCAACGCCAGGCUGCAGGGCAAGCGUGAGAAGCGGGCGAGAGACGCCGCCGAGGAGGAGAAGGCCAAGAAAUAA